AUUGUUCGGCAUUUGAACGCGUCAAAUCCAACAGCCAGAAUAAUGAACCGUUGGUUAGCGCUGGUUUGUGCUUUGGGAUGCCUCGGUGGGGCAUUCACAACGUACACGGCCAUUUCAGUUGGAUCGAGUGGGCUGUUAACGCUUAGUACUGCUAUGCAACAACUUGCCACCGUUUUAACCACUUACAACAAUACACUGAACACUGCCCGUACUCAGAUAUUUGUCGGUCUGACCGAUCUGAUGGGCUGGGUCAAUAUUACCUAUACGGCGUUGAACAAAACCUACGGUGCAAAUCAGACUUCGUUGCCGUCGUUCCUUCAAUCUCUGUCGUAUUUCAAUCAAACUAUACAAUCUGGUGAUCAGUCAGCUACAAUGUCUAUUACAAUGGAUCUAAAUCAGCUUCGUUCCAUUUUUACGCAAGCAUUUUCUAACGUUCUCCAAUAUUACAACAUGCUGCAGAGUUCGAUGUCGAUGGUACAAAUAGCUCUUGCAGAUAACUGCACGGCUCGAAAUGCAACCCAAAUGAUCAAUGUGCCCACAUCUUUAGCAAAAUUCGGUCAAUGCAUUCAGAUAAACACGGCAACAGUGUUAGCGUACGUUCCAACUCUUGUGAAUAUAAUUUCGGUGGCCAAAAACGAUUUCGUCUCUCUCAACAACCAGCUGAAGUUGUGUGCUUCUGCCUCUAGCAAUUGUCAAAACUACUAUUUCCAACAAUUGUACUCUGAACAAAGCACCGGAAUGAGUAUGUUGUAUUUGUUGAUACAAGUCAUAAUGUCGGGAUACUCAGAUGCAUCCAGUCGUGAUCAAUUUUGUGCUUCACUGGUUGAAUACGAUCUCCAGGAUACCCUUACCAAUCUGCAAAAUGCGUACCAAAGCUGUAUUUGGCCACCAUCGUAGACGCGUAAGUUCUGUGGGUUGCUGUAGUUCAGAAAAUGCUCUAAUUCUACUGAAGUUGAUGUCUGCUAGCUAAUAAAGUCAUGCCUUGAAUUAUUUA